AUGAUAACACCAGCCAACACAUCCUCCACUCGCAAAGUCGCGAGAUCGCCCUCCAACAACAUUAUGAACAACGAGUACCAAUUUCGCAGUCUCGACCGGACCCUGGCAAUGAGAUACAUGCAGGCUCUUCGGGAAGGGCGCAUCCGCGGAGAGACACCACUGAAUCUGCCCAAGCUUGCGACUUUGACAUAUAGACCUAGGAUGGAUCUAUUUGACGUAUCCUCGUCCCCUGUCGUUGCAGCCGUGCUCGAACUACCGGGCUUGAAGAAGCAAGACAUUAAUCUUCGCGUAGAACAGGGCCAAUUAGUAGUAUCAGGGGAACGUUGCAUGCAUGUCCCAGCUGUGUUACAAGAAACAAGCGGUGGUUCCGUAAAAGCAGAACCCGGAGGAGAGCAGGGGACAUCGAAUCACUCCAGCGUAUACCACACACCAACGCAAGAACUCAAGUACGGGAAAUACAUCCGCGUCAUACCCCUUCCUGUGGGAACAAUGCCCUCACAAAUUAAUGCUACAUUAGGCGAAGGGUUACUGACUGUAACCUGGCCUCGGGGGUCAGGCACGGCUGCCUCUGACGUAGCCUCAGAUAUGAACAUUUCCCUUCACUCGGCACCAAAGAGUACCGUAGAUAACCAUGAAGAGGCAGCACUCACUCGAGCCACAUCAAUGAUGCAUAUGGAUGCAAACUAA